AUGCGGCAGCGGCACAAACGGGAGCACGAGCAGGGGCAGCAGCAGCAGCAGGAGCAGAAGCAUCUUUACCCUGAAGAGGAUGAUGGAAAGCGCGAGCAGCAGCAGCAACAGCAGCACCGUAGCAGCGGAGAUGCCUGGCCUCUCCUCCAAAUUCCACCUAUCACUCGCGCCACCUUCCUUUGGAGCUCCUGGAGAAGAUGCGGCGUCCGAGGACGACACAGCCAGCCAGCACGCGAAGCUCAACACGGAGGUCGAAGCACCUGUCCGAGUCUUCUUGAAGGUAAAUCCACGUUCCACUUGCUCGUUGUCAUUCUUCUAAACCAUUGUCGCUCUUCGCAGUUCCAAAAUGUGGAAUAUAAAGUCCUGCUUCCCGCUCCAUCUCAGUCCCCCGGCGGUAAAACCAGCAGCAACGGUCACCACAAAUAUAUCUUGCAUGGAAUCACCGGCUCUGUCGCUCCAGGAGAAAUCCUGGCCAUGAUGGGACCGUCCGGCAGCGGGAAGACCACCUUGCUGAAGAUUCUAGGCGGUCGCUUGCUCAGAGAUGUGUCCGGGAGUGUCACCUUUAAUGAUGUUCCAUACGGUUCCUUCAUGAAGAAGAGGUUGGCUCGCGAGUUUUCUUUCUUUCCCACUGAGAACGUCGACGGUUUGCACAGAAUUGGAUUUGUCGCGCAGGAGGACAUCCUCUUCCCAUACCUCACAGUCCAGGAAUGUCUCGAGUUCACUGCCUUGUUGCGUCUUCCAAACACGAUGACCCGCUCGCAGAAGAUGUCCAAAGCUGAUAGAGUUCUCAAAGAUCUUGGCUUGGAAAGGUGCCGGCACACCAUCAUAGGAGGUCCAUUCAUUCCUGGAGUAUCUGGGGGCGAAAGAAAGAGGACCAGUAUAGGAUCGGAAAUACUGAUUGAUCCUUCAUUGCUGCUUUUGGACGAGCCAACAUCAGGACUGGAUUCUGCCACAGCUUUGAAAAUCCUGCAAGUUGUUGGGAACAUAGCACAAGCAGGAAGAACAAUCCUUACCACGAUCCACCAGCCAUCGAGCAGGCUGUUUCACAUGUUUGACAAGCUGAUAUUGAUAUCUGAGGGCCACACUAUUUACUCGGGUCCUGCCAGGGAAGUGAUGAGUUACUUUUCCUCGCUGCACUUUGUACCAGAGAUAACUAUGAACCCGGCGGAUUUCCUGUUGGAUUUGGCUGUAGGAGUGGUGCACGAUAUCAGCAUCCCCGAAGAAAUAACUAACCGCAGUCCAGAGGACGAAAAGCUAGAUAAUGCUGGUGCAAGACACCUAAGAAUGAAAUACAAAACAGAACUGGAGCCAAAGGAGAAGCAGAAGAUAUGUACCUUGAAGGUUUCGAACAAUCUCAAGGAGAUGAUCCAAGCCAAACACGACUUCUCAUCAUCCUGGCCACUUCAGUUUAAAGUGCUGUUUAAAAGAACAUUCAAGGAGCGGUCCAGAGAUUACUUCGAUUACAUCCGCUUCAUUCAAGUCAUUGGAGUAUCCAUAGUUCUCGGCUUGCUGUGGUGGCAAUCAAAGCUCGAUACCGAAAUCGACGUUCGAGACCAGGCCGGACUUAUAUUCUAUAUCGCCAUCUUCUGGUCCACUUCCGGGCUCUUCAGCUCGGUAUCCACGUUCCCUCUGGAGAGACCCUUUCUUAUCAAAGAGCUCGGGGCGGACAUGUACAGCUUAAGCGCCUUCUACGCAAGCAGCACCAUUUCGGACAUCAUAGCAGAGAUUAUAUAUCCCACCAUCUUCGUCAUAAUAGUGUACUUCAUGACAGGCCUUCAUCGCAGCCUAGAGAGUUUUAUGCUCACGCUGCUGUCCACUUACUUGUUAACGGUUGCAUCCCAGGGAGCCGGUGAUCUCUUGGGAGCUGCUGUAAUGGAUGUCAAGAAAUCUGGAACUGUUGCAUCUUUGGUGCUGCUUCUUUUCCUGCUCGUUGGAGGCUACUACGUUCAGCACAUGCCCGUGUUCAUGAAGUGGAUAAAAUACGUCUCCUUCAUUUUCUAUGGGUACCGGCUCCUUUUAAAAACCCAGUACUCACCAGAGCAGAAGUAUGACUGCAAGGACGCCAGAGGUUGUCAAAGACUUGGAACUUCCUCGGCCUUUUAUGGAGUAGAUCUGAACGGAGGUGUCAAAGAGGCUUGCAUCCUCAUCGCAAUGGCCAUACUGUAUCGAGUGUCUGCAUAUAUGUUUCUCCGGCGGAUAAGAACCAGUUUUUGAUAGAGAUAUAAA